AUGUUUGAUGCCAUCACAAUCACCGCUGAUCAACUGCGUCAGCGCUUGGACAAGGGCUCCAUCAACAGCGUGCAAAUCGUGGAGCUGUAUCUGUACCAAAUCCAGAGACACAACACGCAGGGUGCGAAAUGCAGGGCUGUGAUUUCUACCCCGCCAAGGAUCCAGCUGAUUUCAUGGGCUGCGAAACUUGACCAGGAGAGACAACAAGGCAGUCUUCGAGGUCCCCUCCACGGGAUUCCAAUCCUGCUCAAGGAUGUUUUCGCCACUGACGUGUCCCUUGGUAUGCCAACUACUCUGGGCUCAUAUGGUCUCCUGGAUGCUUGUCCGUCUGGAAACUGCGACGUUGUUAACAAUUUGAUCAAUUCCGGCCUUAUUAUCAUGGGCAAGACGAAUAUGACUGAGAUGGCCGGUCACAAGGGCCGGGCUGGUUGGUCAGCAGUUGGCGGUAUGUGCCAGCCGGCGUAUAUCCCCACCGGGUACAAGCUCGGAGACAAGCGUAAAGGCGAGACUACCCCCCAAGGCUCUUCGACCGGCUCCGCGGUUGGGGUCGCCUGCGGAUUCGCCCCCUUGGCUCUCGGCCACGAGACCACUGGCUCCUUGGUGUCGCCGUCAGCGGUGGCCGGUCUAUAUGCCUUGAAGCUCACACCCGGGUCAACUUCGCUACGUGGAAUUCUGACACUGACGCCUUAUUUUGAUACCGUCGGUGCUAUGGGCAAGUCUGCCCUUGAUGUUGCCCUCGCAUGUGACGCUCUGUUGGCUCGAAAGGAGACGCCAAGCCUGGCGUCCCUGGCGGCAUCCGCAAGUUUGAGCGAGAUGGCCAUCGGCUUCCUCGACAUUGAGAAAUGGCGCUUGCCAGCUGAAGCGCAGAAUCCUGACCCAAACUACUACAAGGAGACGGCGGAGGAGUACUGGCUUGCCAAGAAGUGCCUGCAGAGCAACGGCGCAAAUAUCAUCGACAUAGAUAUCGAAGAGCCGGAACAUGUUCCAAUCGGUGACACAAACAUCGAUGAAUUGAUGUACACUAUUAUCAACCAGGAAGCGAAGUCUGGUAUUGAUCAGUUCUUGCAGUUCUUUGAGUAUUCCAAGGUCCGGAAUUUGGACGAUCUGGUGAAGUUCAAUGACGAGCAUGCCGACGCUGAAUUUGACAAAGACUACUGCCCCAACCAGGACAAGCUUCUGAGUCUAAUAGAGACAUCUCGGCCGGGAAAAGACCAAACCGCACGACUGGACAGCUGCAAGAAAUGGGCAGCAACGGACGGCAUCGACAAGGCUGUAUCAGAGCACGGUGUAGAUGUGGUGGUCUGCGCUUCCGACAGCUUCUUCGCGGCCGUCUCGGUUGCAGCGCGCUACCCCAUGUCAACUAUGCCGUUGGGCUACGUCUCAAGCAGUGGUAGACCCUACGGCUUGCAAGCUGUCGCGCAGGCCAAUGCGGAAGGCAAGUUAGUCAAGCUCAUGGCUGCGUGGGAGAGCAUCCGCCCACCGCGGCGUGUCCCUGAUUUGGAGGCUUGCGAAAAGGCUCGCGCUACUUGGUGA